CUGACCCAAUCUUUUGAAUGAAUUGAUGUGAAGUUUUCCUACUUGGUGGGUCCAAUCCAAUCAAAUGAUGAAUAGACUGGAAAAAAUUGGUAAACACGAUGUGGAUUGACCCGUUCAUCCCAAAAAGAGAAGUGUCAAAAUUAACAAAUUCUCUCCUCCAUAGCAACGGGAGACCUGCAGCUUUAAUACUAUGACGACUUCUCAAGCAAUUAAAAGCAAAAAUGUUGAGGACUCUCACUUUGUAUCACUUCCAUUGUCCUUGCAUCCUGAAAUGGUCGCCAAGCUCAACAACUUUCAGAACUCUGUUCUUGGAACUAAUAAAGGUUUGGGAAUUGAGAAGUCCAUUUUUAUUAAUCCAAAAACAUUACACUUGACUGUGCAAAUGCUGAAGCUUUGGAAUACUGAUCGAAUUGAAGCUGCCGCUGAGGUUUUGCGGUGUGUCUCACCAAAAGUAAUUGAUGCUUUGGAGAGACGACCUGUCUAUAUAAGACUGAAGGGCUUGGCCUGCAUGAAAGAUAGAGGUACUCCAGCAAAAGCUUAUGUUGUACAUGCUCCUCUGGAAGUAAUUGGUGGAAAAUCCCGACUUUUACGUGCCUGUCAGGUGAUAAUUGAUGCGUUCACUGAAGCUGGUCUUGUUCUUGAGAAAGAUGCAAACCAUAAGUUAGAGUUGCAUGCCACAAUAAUGAAUGCGCAACAUAGAAGAAGCAAAAAAAAAUCAGAAAAAACUGAUCCCUCUGAUGCACGACCAAUUUUUGCUCAAUAUGGCUCAGAAGAGUGGGGAGAGUGUCAUAUCCGUGAAGUUCAUCUUUCACAAAGGUAUGUGUACGAUAGCAAUGGUUAUUUCCAUUGCUGUGCUUCCAUCCCAUUUCCUGAAGAGACGCGGGGUGUGUUUCCUAUGAUGAAAAACUUUUUUCAGAAAAUGUUUUCUUGAAAAAAUGUGUUGUACGUGAAAAUAAGUGAUUUUUUUCACAUUUUCUGGUGGUGUGUAAAUUGUUGUUCAUAUAUGUCAUGUAUGCUUGUCGUAAAUUGUUGAUGAUGACAUUUCAUACGGUUUCUUAUUUUAUACAUACUUGGACGGUUGCUAUCGACAGCUUUUCGGAUGGUUGUUACCCCUGUAUUGUGUUGUGUUGUACUAUUAUUUUACAUAUAAUAUUAUCUUGGUGUCAAAUUAUAUUUUAUUGCA